AUGUGUGUGCUGAUGCAGUUGCUGAUCUCUACUCACGAGGUCUUCAGCGUGAAGCCCCACCCUACAGCGACGAGACCUCCAACACCCCCGCCGCCACCCCCCAUUCUGCUCUUUGCCAACUCUUUUGAAAACCCUAGGGUUGAUGCCAUCUACGAGAUGAUAGCACCAACGCACAUGCAAUCAGGGUUGAAACCCUCCCUCUCCAUCUAUAAUCCCGACUAUAAUGUGGUGGGUUCAUCGGGGUACAGGCCUCGACCUCAGAAUCCACAACGACCUCAUCGACCUCAGCAGCAGCCCUUACGACCUCAGCAGCAGCCCUUACGACCUCAGCAGCAGCCCCUACGACCUCGGCCGUUCCACCCAUCCCUGCCUUUCAGCCAGGUGUUGGCCCGACCCCCCGUCAAGAUUCCCCCCAAACCCGCCAAGCCUCCUAGUCAGGUUCCUAGACCUCCGCCUAGGUUUGAUGAAUUCGGCUUCCAAACUCCAUCUCCCUUUGCUACUUAUGUACCCCUAUUUAACUAG